GCCUAGCAGUAGGCUAGUUUUAGCAGUAAAACAUCAAGUCCAGAUUCUAGUCUACAUUGCUUCAUUACAACGAAACCAUGGCAGAAGGUGGAUAUGACCCAAAAUGUAGAUCCAUUAGCAAAAAUCAACCCAAAUUUCAUCAAGUGUGUAGGUAUUUCUUACAUGGUGCCUGCAAUAAAGGAGAACAGUGUUCAUAUGUUCAUGAUAGAUCUGGAGCUGUGCCUGUAGAAAAUGUAUGCAGGUACUACCAGUUUGGACGAUGUUCCUAUGGAAACAAUUGCAGGUAUGAUCAUGUGAAGGUGAAUAAACACAACACAAAUUCUUCUGCCAGUCAACAUCAGGCAGUAGCCAAUGGCACAACAUCCAAGGGCAUAGAAUCUGGCAACAGAGUUUCAAAUAUGGUUACACUCAAGAAAGGGGGCUACAAAAAUAGCGCACAGUCGACCUCAAAAAGUAAAGUUGAUCAAAGUCAGUGGGUCAAGGCUAGAGAUUUUGUACCUGGGCAGAAAUACCACGGCGCAGUGAGUUAUUCAGAUGCAGUUCAUCCUUUGACUUACUCAUCUGACAUUCCAUCUGAGUCUACAACUGUUGCUAGAGAAGAAGCUUUGAUUUGCCCCUAUUACGCUCAGGGAGCCUGUCACUUUGAGGAAAAGUGUGCAUACAUACAUGGGGAUUUGUGUGAUAUGUGUGGCAUGCCCAGACUACACCCGUAUGAUGCAUUACAGAGAGAAGCACAUCAAAGGGAGUGUAUUGCGGAUCAUGAAAAAGACAUGGAGCUAUCCUUUGCAAUACAGGCCAGCCAGGACAAGGAGUGCGGGAUUUGCCUGGAAAUUGUUAUAGACAAGGACAUCAACUGUAGUAGCUCAGACAAAAGGUUUGGCAUCCUGGAGAACUGCAACCAUUGUUUUUGUCUGAGCUGUAUCAGGCAGUGGCGCAACAGUAAGAGCAUGACCAUACAGACACAUAGAGCCUGUCCCACCUGCCGAACCCACUCAGACUUUGUCACCCCCAGUAAAUAUUGGGUUGAAUGCCCAGAGAAGAAACAGCAACUUAUAAAUGAAUAUAAAGAGGCUCUCAGUGCAAAGCCAUGUAGUUAUUUCAAACAAGGUCGAGGAGAGUGUCCAUUCAACUCCAAAUGUUUUUACCGGCAUGCACUACCAGACGGGACCAGGGUAGAAAGCAAUGUGGUACAGCGGCGGCGCCGAACAAACGCAGAUGGUCAGAGUGCGGCAGAGGAUGAAUUCAGCUUGUGGGAUUUUAUUUCCAGGAGAGAGGAAGACACUUUAAUGUCGUUAGAAGAUGAACUGUCGUUAGUGUUAUUAGGAUUAUAUCAAGACAGUGAUGAUGAUGAUAAUAACAAUAGCCUCUUCAGGUAUAGAUACAAUUUUGACUUGUCAGAUUUUGAUGAUUCUAGCUCAGACUCAGACUUCUAUUGAUAUGUGCCUUUGAAAGUAGUAUUGGUGUUGUAUUAGAAAUAAUUUUUUCUUAAGGCUGUGUUUCAGAAUCGGCAUUGUAAUGGCAUGUUAGAAGAUAAUUUACAAAUGUAUAUGAAUUUCGCAUUCAAAUUUGACCCAAGUACAUUUAUUUGUAAAUAAGAAAAGUUGUUUUAAAAAUUGAUGGGUGUGUUGGAUUUCUUUUUAUAAAGAGAUAGAAAUGAUACCUUAGAAUUUCUAAAUUAUUAGGCAAAAAUGUAUAUAAAUUUGAAUUUAACUUAUCAGUUAUCUAAAUGAGCUUUCCAAUGUUUCAAAAAAUGUUACUUGAAAGUUUGCCUGCUUGGAACUUGUUGAUAAAUACCGGUAAUAAAACUUGAUGUCAUCACUUCAGCUUUCAACAUUUAAUUCCGUUUUUAUGAUUUAUUAAUUUUAAAAUAAAUUUGAUCUCAACAAGUGCAAGGUAAAAAUGUUCUGGCAAACAUUUAGUCUCUGUAUUCUGUGUUUUUGCUCUACAAAUCUAAUACCUUGUAUCAGUUGUUAAAUUUAACUAUGUAAAUUUGGCUAAGUAUUUUAAUUUUUUAAACUGGAAAAUAAAUCUAGACUUGCUGUAGCUUAU